CGGGCCUCGCGCCUGCGCAGCUGGGUGGUGAUGGGCGGGCGGCGGGUCCCGGUCCGCUGGCUAGCGCUGUGGGCUGAGGGCCAUGGUGGGUCAGCCUUAGCUCGGCCCGGCCUGGGUCCUGAGCUGGAAGGGGAGGCAGUGGGUGGCGGACAGGGAGACUGGGCCUAAUCUGGCUGAUUGAGAAGCUGGCAGGAGGCAGAAAGGAUGAGCGCAGCAAAUACUUGGGUGUUAUCACAUUGGUGAGAGUGUCUUUGCUGGCUCCUGUACAGCUGCCAGCCUUUCCUGUUCUGCAUCUCUCCAGGUCAUUCAUUCAACAAGUAUUUAUUGAAUACUUCUACAAGCCAGGAGCCAUGCGAGGCCAGCGAAGUCUGCUGUUGGGGCCAGCCCGCCUCUGCCUGCGCCUCCUUUUGCUCCUGGGCUACCGGCGUCGAUGCCCACCUCUGCUCCGGGGCCUGGUACAGCGCUGGCGUUAUGGCAAGGUUUGCCUGCGCUCCCUGCUCUACAAUUCCUUUGGAGGCAGUGACACUGCCGUUGAUGCUGCCUUUGAGCCUGUCUACUGGCUGGUGGACAAUGUGAUCCGCUGGUUUGGAGUGGUGUUUGUGGUGCUGGUGAUCGUGCUGACCGGGUCCAUCGUGGCCAUUGCUUAUCUGUGUGUCCUGCCCCUCAUCCUCCGAACCUACUCGGUACCACGGCUCUGCUGGCAUUUCUUCUAUAGUCACUGGAAUCUGAUCCUCAUCGUCUUCCAUUACUACCAGGCCAUCACCACUCCUCCUGGAUACCCACCCCAGGGCAGGAAUGACAUUGCUACUGUCUCCAUCUGUAAGAAGUGCAUUUAUCCCAAGCCAGCCCGAACACACCACUGCAGCAUCUGUAAUAGGUGUGUGCUGAAGAUGGAUCAUCACUGCCCCUGGCUAAACAACUGUGUGGGCCACUAUAACCAUCGCUACUUCUUCUCUUUCUGCUUUUUCAUGACUCUGGGCUGUGUCUACUGUAGCUAUGGAAGUUGGGACCUUUUCCGGGAGGCUUAUGCUGCCAUUGAGAAAAUGAAACAGCUUGACAAGAACAAACUACAGGCGAUUGCCAACCAGACGUACCACCAGACUCCACCACCUACCUUCUCCUUUCGAGAAAGGAUAACUCACAAGAGUCUUGUCUACCUCUGGUUCCUGUGCAGUUCUGUGGCCCUGGCCCUGGGUGCCCUAACCAUGUGGCAUGCUGUUCUCAUCAGUCGGGGUGAGACUAGCAUCGAAAGGCAUAUCAACAAGAAGGAGAGGCGCCGGUUACAGGCCAAGGGCAGGGUGUUUAGGAAUCCUUACAACUAUGGCUGCUUGGACAACUGGAAGGUGUUCCUAGGUGUGGACACAGGAAGGGAAAGCGGCCUGUCCACAGCAGGGAAAGUGGUCUGUCCACAGAAGCAGAGACUGCUUAGUGCCACCGGAGUCUGCCAUUAGGUUUUACCCUCAGGGGGUUCUUGUGUUCAAGACAGGGUUUCUCUGUAUAGCCCUGGCUGUCCUGGAAUUCACUCUAUAGACCAGGCUGGCCUUGAACUCAGAAAUCCGCCUGCCUCUGCCUCCCAAGUGCUGGGAUUACAGGUGUGUGCCACCACUGCCCGGCAAGACGAGUUUCAAUUCUGGUUUUGUUUUGUUUUUCGAGACAGGGUUUCUCUGUGUAGCCCUGGCUGUCCUGGAAUUCACUUUGUAGACCAGGCUGGCCUCAAAUUCAGAAAUCCACCUGCCUCUGCCUCCUGAGGGCUGGGAUUAAAGGUGUGCACCACCAUAAAGAAAAUAAUUGUACAAGUAUUUUUUCUGUGUACAUGUAUGCACAUCGUGUGCAUCUGGUACCUGAGUCGGGAGAGGGCACUGGAUGGAUCCCUUAGGACUGGAGAUGGUUACAACUUGCCAUAUGGGCAUUAGGAAUCAAAACUGGGUCCUCUGUAGGAGUAACCAGUACUCAACUGCUGAGCCAUCUCUCCAGCCCCUAAAACUGUGGUUUAAAAGGUAUGUCUUCUCAAGACAACUAGAGAAGAGCUUGUGGUUAGGCACUGUAUGUGGAGUUCAAGCCAACUGUGAGAGACUGAGGUAACUUACACAUGACAGAGGCCCUACAGCAAUGUGUGAGACUAGCUCUGUCCAGUCCAAGAGGAACCCAUUUUCUAAACUGCAGAUUACUAGGCCUGGCAUGAUUACGUACAUCUGUAAUCCCAUCAGUUGGAAGGCACAGGCAGAGGAUCAGGAGUUUGAUGGCUUUGCCUCUCCUCACCCUAUGUCCACCCUGACGGUUACUGAGGGUAGCAGUCAGAUGAAUCUGUGUCAGUCCUUCCUUCCUCUUUGCCCCAUCGUCACCACAUUCCCACCUCUACUGUGCUUGCAAUCUCUUAAAAGAUUGUGGCUGGUAAUGGCAGCCCACGCCUGGAAUCCCAGCACUUCAAGACCAACCCUAUUGUGAAACAAAAAUAAGUGACUUAAGUUGAGAAUACAAUUUAGAGCAUUUAUGAACUGUUCUUAAGCUCUGUCUCCCCACUUUCUAGGCUUUUUGUGCUGAAACAUAAAUUAAAACUUUUCUUUAAAAAAGUGCUUAAGAUGCCCUCAGAGCCCCAGAGGAUACAGUUCUGACAGAAUCAGAUAGAGAUGAGAACUCUGUCUUUUUGUUUGAUGUAUGCUUGCUGCAGGGAAAAUGGGAAGGACAACCAAGAACUGAGAAUUAAAGAGAUUUUCCCCCAUCAUUCC